AUGGAUGCUUUUUCGUUCCUGAAAUAUCUAGUACGACGUGUACGGAAAGCAUUAUGCGAUAUUUCUGCAAAAGGUCCAAAACUUGAUGAUCCUAUUCCUUUAAGAAAACUUUCCAAAAAAGCAACUAAUGCAUAUGCUGCGUCUGUUAAGUUAUCAUAUAAUUUUACAAAUGCUCAAAAAAAGGAUAUAUUCAAUAAAACAAAUACGUCAAACACAUACCAACAACAUCCCAACAAUCCAUUUUUACUAAAAAGCGCAUGUUUUAAGAAAAAAAAAACAUUUAAAACAAGUUUCCGAGCUGUCUUUCCAUCACAAACAGAUAAUUAUUGUACUAAUACUUUUCAUAUAAAACAUUCAAUUUGUGAGCCACCGAUUCUUUUAGGACCUCGUUCUAGAUCAAUUAUGCAACAAUUAGAAGCAUACAACUGUUGUCCAGCUACUUUAAAUUUAUUUAAGUAUAUAUAG